AUGAACAAGGUUGCAAUCUUACCUGCAACCGAACGUCAGUUGCUUCUUGAUAAAAUAAAACGUUCCGUCGACCAGACGGAGGCAAUAUGUUCUGGCAAACAACUUGACAUAAUUCCCAAUUUAUCGGACCAUAACCCAGCUCCCAUCGGUCCUCCUCAGGCGAAGAUACCACCACAGUCCAAGACACCUGCAGUAACGUUCCAGAGAAAAAUCAGCCCUUCAGCUAGGAGACGUCUAGACACCAUCGGCACUGUCACCUCCGUCACAAGCGCGGUACCGGGUAAACCGCAAUUGACACUUGCCUGUCCCGUGUGCGAUCUGAAGGCUACUAGCUGGCAGAAGUUCUCUCACCAUCUCCACACUGGUCACAAUCAGUCAUCAGUAACUUCGGUGUGCCGGCGCUGCCAUGGUAUGUUCCGGAACCACGCUCUCCUUCUGGCACACGAAUGUUUUCGCUGGGGACGCACAAACCUUCCCUGUGCCGCUGUCUAUUCCUCCAUUGAGGAUUCGCCUAUCCUCAACGACUUCGGCUUCCCCCGCGAAGGUGUCUAUCUUGAACGGCGUUGUGGGCUUUGUCUCACCUCAGAUGUAGUUUACUCGAAUUUUGAGCAGUACGAAAGGCAUAAGUACGAAGAGCACGCGGAAUCUGGUUCAAGGGCCCCGAUUUGUGAUAUUCAGCGCCCUCAAAAUAAGAGUUUUCAGGCUCCAGCUAGUGCUCUGCUUGCGAGCAAACCUCGUCGAAGGGCUAAAAAAUCGAAAUUGGAAAAAUUGGCCACCUUCCAGAAAGAUGGGAAUCACAGUUCCCCAGACCCUGUUGGGGAGUCAGCGCCAAUUGCUGCAGAGGAACGCGGUACGCCCUCCGUUCAAGUUAUGAUGGCACCCGCCCCCACCAUUUCCACCACCCGUGUCUUCUCCUGCCGUGUCUGUAAACUCUUCUUUCGGACACGUGAUCGCCUCCUUCGACAUGAGAAGACCUCUAUUGUACAUGAUCGCAGACUGAGUCGGUCGAAACGCUUUAAACUGGCGCCGGUGCCGGAGAGCGCGUUGGGUCGCCCUUUCGAGUGCGCGGAGUGUGGUCUAGUGUAUACACGGAAACACGCUUUAGAGCGGCACGUUGCGUUUGCGCACAAUGGUGAGACAGCCUUCAGGUGCGAGUUCUGUAGCUUCCACGCCCUUGAUCGGGCCAACUUUCGCCAGCACAUGUCCCGUCAUUUCCAUCUGAAGAACUUUGCUUGUGAGGAUCCAGCCACCGAAAUCAAAAUUGCGGUUUGGAAUAGACGUACCAACGCUUCCAUCAUCAUAGCCUCCGGAUCGUUGCUGAAGUUGAGGACCAUUAGUAUGGUGGCCCAAUCUCAGCACUGCGAUCACCGAUGCAUCACGAAGCAGGAGUUGGAGGACCACGUGCGCUUCAAGCACAGCGACAAACGCGACUUCAAAUGCCCUGACUGUCAUGCUACCUUCAAAACUCCGGGGACUUUGAGUCGGCACCAGAAGACGCAUACGAACAUCUCCUUCCUAUGCAAUCAAUGCGACGCUUCCUUCAAUCGUAUGAGCAACCUCAAGCGUCACAAGGACUCCGUUCACUCCGCCACCGGCGGCAAUCGACGCGGACGCGGCAGACCGCAGAAGACCACCCGGCAGAAGCAGCAGUCAAGGAAAGCUGUUCUCCAGCAUCAGCAUGAGCAAGAUCAGCAGUCACUGCCAGCGGCAUCGACAUCUGUGGCGGAACCGCUGUGGGACUACGAGGCUGCUCGUGUGCAUUCUACGACGGGCGAUCAACUUUGCACUUCAGUGAACACCACGAGUGGGCUAGAGCCUGUCUAUGUAGUCGCCUUCGAGACAGAGGUGGGGUGGAUCCCAGCCACAACCUCUCCUGCCACUAUCACCGAGGCGAGUCUCGUCAUGCAUCACCCUCCACCGCCGCCGCAACCACCGCCUCCACCACCCUCGCACACUCUUGCCGCCCCACGCGGAGACACCGUGCUACCCUGCGUCAGCGACUUUUUCUCCUCUUUCCUUCCCCCCACCUCCCCUUCCACACAACUUGACGACCAUACUGUCCCACCUCCUCUGCCCCCACCCCAAGCACCGUCAACAGCGGUGGCAGGAGUGGCAUCUCACCCAUCUACCACUCAUCUUUGGCGCUCUGACGAAGAUGUCGAUGAUCUUGGUACAGCCAGCGCGGUGCCCGCAGACGACCUCAUUUGCGAUUUCCUGACUUGUGAGGUGGUCGGAGCUGAAGAGGAUGUGGAAGGCACGGGCGGUGUCGGUGUUGGUGGCAGCAACUUUUCCGUUGGCUAUCUCAUCGGUGGAGGUGGGGCUGACGGUAGUGGCGGUGGUGGAGGGGGUGGAGGAGGAGGGGGUGAGGAACUGCACACCUUGCCGCCUUCCGACUGUCUCUCCCUUGUGCCUAUCGUAACUAGUGCUUUUGAGGAGACAAAUACUACCAGUACCAGCGUUGGUGUUAAUGUUUCCACCACCUUCCACCCCUUCUGGAGUGUAUCUUGCUCCUCCGCCUCCUCUUGCACCCCUGCUGCUGGUGCUGCUGGAAUUGUCCAUGAAGACUAUUCGGGUUUCGAACAACAGGAAGUUGCAGACAGCAUGUGA